AUGGAUUCUCCGUUCCAGAGUCACUUAAACACAAAUUAUACCCCCUCCGAUGAAGAAAUCAAAAAAAUUUCAACUUUUCUGGUUGAACCUCUGUCCAAACUCUCGCGUCUCGACUCGCAAAUCAAUGAUCUACUCAAGGAGAGAAAUGCGCUCAAGAAGUCUAUCGAAGCCCAUCGCGCAUUAAUGUCACCUUUUCGCCGUCUUCCGUGCGAUCUGAUUCGGGAGGUUUUUUUGUGGUGUCUCCCGACGGAUAGGAAUUGCGCGAUGAGUUGUGACGAAGCUCCGGUUCUUUUGUCUCGGGUGUGUAGCGAUUGGAGGCAGAUAACUAUGACCACUCCAGCGAUGUGGACAAGCCUCCACAUCCCUGUGCCAGAUCUCUCCGACGUCGAGAUUCUCUCCGCGAAAACUAAACAACGAACUGGAGUUGUUCAUGAGUGGCUCAGGAGAUCGAGCAAUCUUCCUCUGUCAAUUUCUUUUUUCGGGAAGAGCGGAACUGAACAGUUAAAUUCAGGGCUUCUCUUCAAAGAGGUUUUGCGACACUCCAAGCGUUGGAAGAGAAUGCGCUUUGAGUUUUCUACGGAUUUGGUUCAAUCAAUCAUAACACUGUCCCAAGAUCAAGUUCCCACCUUAGAGUCACUGACAAUCAUCAACCUUUCGGAUUUUCACAGUGUUUUGCUGACCCAGUCUUUUCCACCGUCACUGCAUCGACUUUCCCUCAUAGGUUUAAUUUCUACACAACGAUUAGGAACAUUGCAGCUCACUCAUCUUACCAUCCAUCAUCGUUCUCGUGAAGGCCCGGAACCUCUUCGAAUACUGAAAGAGUGCUCACUGCUUACGAGUUGUGACUUAUCGCUUCCAUGUGGCACCAUUGACAAAAGACUCGUUGUGACCCUCCCCUACCUUCAGGAACUUUACUUCCAUGAAGUGACCAACUCAGCCGACUUUUUCACACACCUUACCCUACCUGUUCUUCGACGUCUGAAGUUCAGAACUAGCUUGGGACUAAACUGA